GAAGCAGAUAAGGGAGCGUAUCUCCAAAGAAUCUUUGGUCCUCCUUCCUGUUCAUAAGUCAUCUUCUUUCACCUGUCCAAAGACAUGUCGAUGGGAUGCCCCCCAGGAUAUGUCGACAUUAAACCCUCUGGGAGCCUUGUAUAACGCUGCAUUUCCUCAGGGAGGCGCAACCUUGACGACACUCCAGCAGUUCUUCAGAGACACUCUCUCGGUUUCUAACUGCACAUGGAAUGACCUCGUCGGUGAGCUAAAGUGGCUGAAGGAUGUGGACACUCCAAGGUUCGAACAAAUCAAGAACAUUUACGGCCUUCUUCCCAAGAUGAUGAGAGUCCUCAUGAGCAUGGAACAGUGGAAAGUAAAGACAUCCUUCGAAGACAACCCCCUAGUCUGUGUGCCCACGCGAGACGGACAACAUUGGCACAAGACGUCUCAAUGCGUCUGGUCCAGCCCAUCCCAGAUUUCCGGGAUGACUAUCCUUGUUAACCGCUACCCCAACAUGAAAACCUUCUUCGUUGGGUUUCUAGGUGUCAAGGCCCUUACACUUCGAAUGAUCUACGACGAAUUGAAAAGAAAAGGGUCAUCUGCUACUGCCACAGUCAAGGAAGUGAAGGAGAUGUUAUGGCAACUCAACUCCUUCCUCGCUCCGGAAGGGCAGACUCCGAACCUGGAGCCAUUACUUCAGCAACGCAUCCUCCCCGUCAGAUACCCUGGUGGUGAGAUAACUCUAUGCUCCAAUGAGACGGCCUUUGAAGUCGUCGAUCGGAAGAAUCUCGGCGAUGCGUUCGGGGACAAGGUGAAACUGUUGGACUUCAGCCUCUCCGAGGUCCGAAAGCUAGAGCCAUUCUUGCAAUGGGCUUGGUUGGAGUCCCGGUACUUAUUCAGAACAGUCGAGGAAGUCACAUCACUAAGGAGUGGUACUCGAGCACCCAUUUCGUCUCCAGGGCGAGAUAUCAAGAGAAAGGCCUAUGCUCUGUACCGGAUUGCUGCAACCUUUGGUAGCCCCAGAGUCCGGGAUCGGGAUCGGUCACUAUUCGAAAAGCUGAGUGCUGCCAAGGUCUUCGAGACUGACGAGAUAUCCUCACAGCUUCAAAUCACCCAAGACGGGGAAAUAGCCGCAAUAGAGGCAGGCAUCGUCUCUGCAGUGAAGAGUGUAUUGAAUGCGAAGAAGUCUGCUUUGGGGAGGGUCCUCGAUAAUGAAGGCAUCGCAGAGGUGGAUUUCCUCGACCCAGACGACGAGAGCGAAGACGAGGAAAUAGAGGUGGUGGAAGAGAUCCAUGUGACAUCAGCUCUUCGCACGGACAGAGAAUCUACGAUUGUCAAGCCAGGAAUCGCGACGUCCCGUCAACAUGACCCGGUCACCAGUCUUGCAAGCCUAGGUUCCGAGACCGAUGGGCAGCCCAGCGGAUACGACACUCCCGCCUCGCCUCUUCCCUCCGACACUACCUCGCAAGCAAACCGACGGAUAUCGAAAGGGGAGUUCCCGUUCCUCCAGGUCCCUGAUCCGCACAAUCUUCCUCAAGCGUCUACUAGAACCACCUCCUCCCUCGCAAUGUCUCCGACGCCGUCGGUCUCCCAGGGUCCAGCUUCCCAGCUCCAGCCUAUUCCCCGCCCGCACCUGUCCCAGACCAGGCCAGAAGCGGCUCCAGAUGCCGACGCAGAUACUGAUACAGUCUACAUUCAUCUCCUGGACAAUGUCAUCAGGGUCGCGCGCCGGACUGCAUUUCCUAGCCACGGGUCCUUCGACAUGCAUGGCAUGCUGCAUGCGCUGCCCCCGAGCGGUGAGGAGGAAGAUGUUCUCCCCGGUGAUUCCCUCCGGGUACGCUCAAGCAGUCAGCUGGAGAGAGACAAGAAGAUUGGCGCCGCGGGGGAACUCUUCGUAUUUGAGCUCCUAUGUCGUCUGAACCCAUUCCUGCCGUCCUUCUCACGCGCCAACUGGCAAAGCACAAUUCGCAGAUACGUCGCGAUCCACCCGGAAUACCACGACCUGGAGCCAUGGAUCGGGCGGGAAACCGCUGAUAUCACCUACGAGGACUGCCACGGAGUUCUAACCGACGCUCUAAUAGACAAGGGAUACCUCACUCCGGCGACAUGGCGGGAGCGCCGACCAAAGUACUUCAUUGAGGUCAAGUCCGCUACUAGGCCAUGAGACGCCGUUUUUCAUGAGCAAGGCGCAAUAUCGAAUGAUGAAAGACUCUUCGAACGGCCCACUCGGGUCACAGAACACAGACGUUGUGUACCUCAUUGCUCGCGUAUUCAAUCUCGACAAGGACUCGGUUGGUAUGAGGAUGUAUGUCGACCCUCAGGUCAUGAAGGAGAAGCACGAGCUGUUGUUUACUUCGGAAACGUGGUCUGUUACGCCGGGACCCGGAGAGUCUAACCCGUAGCAAUCUUUAGUUCUGAACACUAAGUGUUGACUUAUCUUGACAGAUGGUCUAUGGUUGGGGGCUUUUUAUGGAUGUCUUCUAGACAGGCUUGUCUAAUACUAG